AUGAAUGGCGAAGCUGGCCUGGUCAGCUGCCUCGUUGACCGCGUGGCAACCAGGCUGCCGCAUCGCACAGGUGCUGCUGGCCGCUCCUUCGACAAGGACGAGAUUCUCCAGAUAACACGCUCUACUCUGCUUGAUCUGAGCUACUCCAACCUCACCAUCGUGCUUGGAUCCUUGUUGAACCUCCUCGAAGACAUAACUCGGUCGUACACCCCUGUUGCCGCCCACCCGACUCAUGUCUUGCGAUCGGAAGUCUAUGUAGUUGGUCUUUUGGCUGAUUGCUGCUCUUCGUCAUGGGGUGCUACAUCGGACAACACCGGGAAGACCAGCGCGGCAAGACGACCGAUCCCGAAGCCCAUAGAUGACGUACUCGUCAAUCGUGUGUUCGAUAUCGCCAGACAGGUUCUGGAGCCCAUUCCAGACAAUUAUAUUCUACCCGCGGAAGCUCUUCUGGAGCAGAUUUCAGAUCGCAACAUUCGCAUCCCCCGAGCUCCCAACGCCUCGCAGCAGAAGCAUGACGUGUCGACUUCCGAUGCAGCAUGCGUCGAGGAAUGUCUUGCCGAACUAGAUGUCUACAUCAAGGCCGUGGUGGAGUACGUUUCGGCAUCGAACUGGUCGACGUCCUUUGCCUACUUCAGGAACGUAGUCUACAACAUACGGACCACAUCGUUCGCAGAAGCGAGCGCCGAACUGUCCAGCUCCGCUCAGGCAGCUGAGGUACCGGCCCUUGUGAUCCUGCGUCUGAUGUCGUUCCUCUGGGUUGAUGCCUCAAAGCUGGGUCAUGUUAUCCAAGAACUAUGUUCCAGCUAUCUGCACUUUAGGCGGUCUUGUCAAAACACGGUCGCCGUCGUCUUGCCAUUGCUCAUCACGCGCUGGAUAAACCGUUUCCCUGACCAGUUCAUGCGGCUCCAUUUAAUGCACAAACGACUAGAUGGUGGUGCAGACACGCUGUUUGACAUGACGCAGACGGUGGGGGACAAUGGAAAGAGGAAGGCCGUCUUCUAUCCGCUGCAGAUGACGCUCCUCCUCCUCCUCCCCGAUGUCUUCCAGGUUGCCAGCAACAUGAGGGAGGCCAAGAGUAAUAACAUGGUCAAAAAGGUCGCCUUUCUGGACUUGCUCAGGAAAGCGCUUCGCAACGGCAACGAGCGAGCCGCGUAUUGUCUGGUCACCCUUCUCCGCGCCGCACGACAUUUUGAUGCUGAACAUGACUCCGCUUUGGUCAGUUAUGCCAUGGACGUGCAGAAUGAAGUACGCGAUGCACUUUUCGGCUCCCCGCCAGGCCUACCCCCAGUCCUUAGCUUCGAUCAAGACAUCAUCACGGGUGCAUUUGCGAGCCUGGUUCAUCUCAAUCUGCAUGGCAGCAUCGACACCCUGCUUCGCACUUGCAUAGCGCAGACAUCGACAGAGAAGUUUAAGAUCGCCGUCGUACAGAGUUGCACCUACUUUGCAGGUCAAGCCCAUGCACUCAAGUGUGAUGGCUUGUUCAAUACUGCCAUUCCCUUUAUGAGAGCCCAGUUCGAGGCUAAUUGCAACCGCAUUGCGACCACACAGGGGGACGAACAGAAGCUGAGCGGUACAUUGCUAAUACUAUCCAUACUGGAGUUUUUGGAUGCAUUCCCGGGGCCUCUGCUUGGGGAGAUGUCGCGCAUGUCUCUGAACGACGGCUUCCUGAGGCCCUUCCUCUUAUGUGUGCUGUCGCCAGACCCAUCGAUACGGCGGCUGGCUGCCCGAGUCGCGAAACGGGUCUUUGCCAACAUCGGCAACAAGCACCAGGUACCUGAAGGUAGAUUUGAUUCGAGUAUGGAUGAUCUGAGGACUCUAUUGUGGAAGCAAGGCUCUGAUGUGCUGCUGGAAAUUUGCAGCCGCAUCGACACAGAUGAUGGCGAGGGUGUGCUGGAGCUGUAUGGUGUCCUUGAAUCCCGUGUGACCCUGGUCAAGGCCAUCCCUAGCUUGGUAGACGAAAUCGAUGCCUCAAUCGAUGCUGAGUUCGCGUCGCCUCUCGAGACCACUCUGUUGGUAUCGCUGUGUACCCCCGACAUCGAGGUAUGCCAGAACGUAACUGCCUGCAUCGGGAUGCUCCUGGAAGAACACGCGGUGCGAAAUACUGCUGAUUCCGCCCGGGCUCUCACUUGGGUGUCAUACAAUCGCGCUGUAUAUCACGAUCUCGCCUCUCCCGAGUUCCGCUUCACUGGCCUCGUUGCCUUUCAGAAGAGGAUGCGUGGGCUCCUUCGGCGCCUGCAACAUCCGACCUUGGGCAUCCUGGCUGCAUGGGAGGCCGCAUUUGAUAAGUGGCUUCACCUAGCCAAAGAAGUGUCAACGGCUCCUGUCGACGGUAUUGACGACAAGUUGCUAGCUGAGUGGCGGAACUUCUCUGGCUUUCUGGCCUCGUUGGGUGGCAUUUGCAUCGCCGAUAAAGGCCCACCGCUCGAGGAACCGUUUUCCGAGGAUAUGCGAUGGAUUGACCGGGUGUGCUCCGACCAUUAUGAAGAAUCACCUCUCGCACGCUAUCUGAGGCUCAGCAUUCAGCUCCUUGGCUGCUCCAAUGUCAAGGUUCGCGAGGCAAUGCGGGACGUACUGUCCAGCGAAAUACCGCCCAUCCUAUACCCGCCACUGUUCAGAGCUCUCGAAUCGGAGCUGGAUGUGCUCCUAACAGGGGCUCUUGCUUCAGUCGAGAAGGGGCACGAAAGCGAGAUAAUAUUUGCUGAGCAAGCAGCCUCAGUCCUCAAAGCAAUGGUCGAGAGACUUGAGAGCACAGCAGAUCUUGGUGCCUCCUCAUCCGUGCACCUGGGUGCCCUCACGCUAAACUUGGCCAGGUUCAUUGAUGGGGUGCAAGACAUCAUGAGCAUGCAGAGGGUAAAAAUCCGGAUCUGCAACCUCUGCGAGGCGGUAACGAAGCGAAAGGAGUAUUUGAAUCUCCGUGAUGACGUUCGGAUCAGGAACCAGCUACUGGAGUACAUUUUCGGCUGGAUAGCGAGGCCACAUCCCACGAAGAUAGAUCAUCAGCAUUCCUCGGGCCCUCGGUAUGACGACGGGCGAAGAAUACAGAGGGACCUUGACAAGGCUUGCCUUAAAUGUCUCGCGGAUCUUACUUGUCGGCUUCCGCUCCAGCCCCUCGACAACCAGCCAGAUGCCGACACGAGCGAAAUGAAGUCCCAAAUGUUUCACACGUACUUCAACAGGUUUCUGUCGCUGCUGAACUAUGAGACCAAGGACUCAGGCAAGCUAGAGUACCCCCCUAUUGCGGCAGCUCGCGAGGAGACCAUGACCAACUCAGACUUGGUAAUCACGAUACUCUCGAACCUCUUGAGCGCGAAUAUCGACGUUGGUCUUAAACACUCGUUGAACAUCGGAUACCACGAGAACAUUGAGAUUCGCGCGGCAUUCAUCAAAGUUCUAUACAACAUCUUGCUUCAAGGGAAGGAGUUCAGCAGCCUCACAGAUUUGGCCGUGAGCGAGAAGUAUGAGGCGCUUCUCAAUCUCCUAACGACGGACCUCUCCCUUGUAGUUUCGAUGAGCUCAAUCUGCCCACCUUCCGAGGUCGAUGAGCUCACUGUUUGCCUGCUGACGAUUUUCGAGCAAAGAGGGCUCCUUUUUGAUCUUUUUGAAGCCCUGGUUCAGUAUGAGGUUGAACAGACUGAGAAUGAGACCGAGCUUUUGCGAAGGACUUCUGUUGCGACGAAACUGCUUUCCCUCUAUGCCAAAUGGAAAGGCGUCGCCUACUUGCGGGCUACUCUACACAAUGUUCUUGAGAGGCUGAUGAUCACAUCACAAGAUCUUGACCUUGAACUUGAUCCGGCCCGGGUGGGGUCAGAAGAAGAGUUGCAGAAAAACGCGAUCCAGCUGCAAAUCGUAGCUAAAGUUUUCAUGGACGAUAUCUGUGCCUCAGAACUUCUGGUUCCAUCGUCAUUCCGGAGAAUUUGCUGCAUUAUAUCCGAUACUGUCUCACAUCGAUUUCCAAACGCCAAGUACACAGCUGUCGGCGCCUUCAUGUUUCUGCGGUUCAUCUGCCCAGCAAUCGUGGCACCCGAGUCCGAGGGUCUUGUAUCAACCGUUCCCACCAAAGAGAUGCGUCGUGGACUAUUGUUGAUUGCCAAGGUCAUACAAAACCUGGCUAAUAAUGUGCUGUUUGGCACUAAGGAGCCUUACAUGUUUCCUCUGAAUCCUUUCCUGGUCCAGAACAUAGGUUUCGUGACAACAUUCCUCAGUCGCAUCUCCGAACCCACCGAGCCCAUGGAAGACCCGGAAAGCACCGUACUUGUCGAUUUCGGAUCUUGUGUCGCAAUUCAUCGGUUUUUAUACGAUCACUGGGAUCACCUCCGCCAAACACUAGUUUCCCGGGACAAACGAGUUGUCAUCCGCAACCUGGGUGAGCUGUCUCGUGGCUCACCCACCAUCUUGGAGCCACUGCGGAACCUCAUUGCGGAUCUUGGUCCUCCGCCGUUGGCAAUGUCAUGGAAUCGACCACAAAUUUCUACAAACUCCCCACCACUGUACUCUCGGUUCCAGAACUUCAUGUUGCGGAAUGCUUUCAAAGGCACGGAGUCGUUCCUUACGACUCGGGCCGUGUACGACGGGGGCGAGAGCAAGGAUGGUCUUUCCAUUGUGUGCGUGAUCUUGCGACAUAUUGAAAACGAAAGUAUCGACUACAACAUGCUUCUCUACAGCUAUCUGAAGAUUGCAAGCAGGCUUUGGCAAGAACCCUUUGGCCUUUUUAUCGAUGCUACCUGUUACAAUGGGCGAGGGGAGCCACCGGACGACUUCUUCACGAACCUUGACCUUCUGACACCCUCCGAGAUGUCACUAAACCUUUCUAGGAUAUACAUAUACAAUAUGAACAGCGCAUUCAAGAGGUGUUUACGGCGACUGCUUCGGGUCUCCACCAGGAAUGACGGCAGUGUUUUCCAUCCAGACAAUGUGAACUACCAUCUGAUAGGCAGCUUACAAGACCUGCAAGCGCAUUUCCACUUGAGCCAGCUUCACCUACCCAAAGAAACAAUCAGCGUUGUUACCGACACACGCUACAUGUUUCAACCUGUCACUCGGCUUUCCAAGUCCAAGGGCAAGGUGGAAGUGAUCAUUAAGGUUGGCAGUCAGUUCGUACAGAUUACAACCGCGAAGAGACAAGAAGUACUGUCAGGCUCUCGUCUCAGCAGUACCGUGAACGACAUUUUUCGGCUUGGCGAGGUUGAUGAGGCGGCAACAACGGUCCAGCCAGAGGAUGAGCUGUCCUUCGGACUUCGCGCGGAUGGAGGCAAGGUUGUCAUGUGUUUCACAAGCCCCAAGAAGGCGGAUGUGCUUCAGACCAUUCGAACCGCGAAGGGAAAGCACGGCAAGGAAAGCAGGGUCCACAAGCCAUUCGAGAGAUUGAUCCGACCUCAGGAUGUCCCUGGUACCAUGCUCAACCUCGCUUUCACGAAUCUAGCGAGCCCAGACCAUGUCCUCCGACUUGCAUCUUACAAUCUCCUCGGUGCGCUGUGCCGUGCAUUCGACUUCGACGCCUCGUCAAAGUUAGUUUGUGUUAAGGAUCUCUCGGUCCCCGCAGACCCCACGGGCUUCAUAGUCAGCAUGAGCAAGGAGUUGGCAAGAACCGAACCUCAGCUCACAGCAGACUUCCUCACCGAGUUCUUUGUCAGCUGGGAGAGCUUCGCAGACGAGCAAAAACCUCUCAGCCUGGAGUACAUGGCACCAUGGCUGCCUGGCCUCCGCACCAACGUACUGAUUUGCGAGUCGGAAGGUGAAAAGGGGCGCGAAAAGGUGGCUGGCUUACUCCGGAAAGUCAUUGACUUGAUCGUAUUUGAGCCUGGCUUGGCCCAUGCUCUUGAGCACUACGUCUGGCCCUCAAUCGCCCAAGACGAGCAACUGUUGGACAUCUUCUUAGACGAACUUAUCAAGGCGGGCUUGAGUUAUGACAGCCGACCGGAUAUUCUGGAGGUGUUUUCAUCGGCCGUGGUCGGCCUGAGGACCAUGAGUCUCCGCGGUAAAGUGUUGUCACGGCUUCGCAAGGCACUCAACCGCUCCUCACUGCGACCCACCCGGUUCCUGGCAGAGAAUGCAGUCUGGACUGAGAUAUGCGUCCUCUUGCAGUUCUGCUUGGCACUGUCAUUCAACAGCGGGGUCCAGUCGGUCAUGUUUCUGCCUGAAGUAUUCCACAUCGUUACCAUGAUCGCCAACACCGGCGGACAGGACGUGCGGGUGCUCGUCUAUAGGCUACUGGUCAACACCAUACACGCAGGCUGCUCGUCCUUUACCCUCGAUGAUGCCAGCCUCUCGAAGCUGAGAUCUUGCCUCGACUUUCUGUGCGAGCCCAAGGGGGACAUUUUCUCCUUGCCUCCCGUGCUCUCGCGUGAUGGCGCCUCCGUGUCUACUACAGCACAGGAUGCGGCAUCGCAUUUGGCAGCGACAGAGAGCCUGGCUGCCGUGCUGUCAGAGGCGUGCUCCGUGGCGGCGCCGUCUGUCGACAUUGCCAAUGCCUGGCGGGCCCGAUGGAUGAGCCUGGUGGCAAGCACUGCGUUCCAGAACAACCCAGCCGUUCAGCCGCGGGCAUUCACCGUCAUGGGCUUCCUUGCCCGCGAGGAAGUCGACGACGAUCUCCUUUACCAAAUCCUGGUCGCCCUACGGAGCAGUGUCGGCCAGUUUGGAGAAGACGGCAAUAGCGAGAUGCUGGUCUCCAUUAUUACCUCACUGUCCAAGAUGAUGGCGAAGUUGCCAUCAGCGUCACGGUACGGCCUUCAGCUGUUUUGGCUGGCCAUGUCUCUAGUCCGUCUGGUGCCGCCAGGGCUGUUCAAUUGCGCGGCACAGUUUCUGGAGGCGGUCCUCAUCAACAUUGGGACAACCGGGAACGCGAGGGGUGAGAGAAUGGUGCCACUGCUGUUGCAAUGCCGGGCCCAGCUGGAAGAGGCGGCGUUACCUCUUGACGAUGCAUACGGCAUCUGCUUUGACAAGGAGGAUUUUCACUUUGCGGUCUGCGCCUGCCUGGUGCGGGGGCUCACAGACACCAUCACCAGACGAAUGGCAAUCCGUGUCCUGUCGGCCUUCCUGGAAAUGACAUCUUGGGCAGCUGGCGCGUCGCCUGCUGAACCGACUCACACGAUCCAGGGCUCGCCAUACCUUGCCCUGAUGCUCGCCCGUUGCAUCGGCCACGAGGACUUCAUGGACUCUCUGUGGUGGGCGGACUCUGGGCGUAACGGGCUCGCGGACAUGAUUGACACUCGCGGUGCCAGUGACACGAGUGCCGCAAAGGACCAAGAGGUCUUACUCGCGGCGGCGAUUGAGCUUGUCGACUUUCACUUACUCGAGGACGCAGCCCAGACGCGAAGCUUGCAAUGGCUGAACAAACUCGCAUCGGACCGGCCUCGUGUUUUUGUCACAUUGUGCGGCGCCAUGCCAUCCAUUCUCGAUGAUGUCCUCCUUCACGGCCAGGAGUCGACAGCUCUCGAGGCUGCACACACGCUGCUCAGGACGCUGACAUCAAGCAAAGAAUACGCAGCGGCCAUGGCGUCCAACGAGCCGCUCAACGACGCUCUCGACGACAUGGGCUUCGGCGGCCUUUGGAGAUAUCCGUCUCAGACGUCCUUGGACGAUGUCAAGCACGAGUGCUUCAGUCUGACAGAGAAGUUGAUUGAGCUCAUUGUGAUAUGA